AUGGCACCAGUGCUGAAGAAUCAGCUCGAAGGAUUAAUGGUGUGUACGACGCUGGUGUCGCAAAAGGAAUCACGGUACAUACGCUUUUGGUUUCAACGUUUUCGUUCUAGAAAUGUCGACCUUCAGAUCCAAUCCCGUGGACGGCUGGAGACCAAAUUGGAAAAUGAAGAAUUAAAGGCUAUCAUGGAAGCGGAUCCAUCACAAAGCGCUUCAGAGAUAGCUGCAAGCUUCGUGCAACUGCAAACCAUGAAGGAAGAGCUAGCUGCUAAACAACCGAGAUUGGUCAAUCGCUCUAAGCCACUGCUGCUUCACGACAACGCAAGACCACACACUGCACAAAAAACAAUCACUAAGUUAGAUGAGCUACAAUUGGAAUGUCUGUGGCAUCCACCGUACUCCCCGGACCUUGUACCAGCAGAUUACCAUUUUUCCGGAAUUUGGAACACAUCUUGA